AGAUUUUCUACAGUAUGUUCAGAAACGUUGAUCGAUUCGUUUAAGAACGAAUCUUUAUGAGUGAGUCAUUGAAUCGUUCAUUUAAACGAUUGGUUAAUGUUGUUUUAUCCAGAACCGGAACUUCAUGUAUGAAUCACUGAAUCAUUCCUUAAAUCUAAUUGCUCAAGGACACCACUGAAUCAUUCAGAAACGAAAUACCACACAGUGUGUUGCAAUGGUUUUCUGUGGCUUUGUUUGGAACUAACCUAUAUUUUCACCAGAAAACAGAUUUUUUUUUUAAAAAAAGGUAGACUUUACAUAUUAUUUUAGGUGCACAGGAAUUGAUUGUCCCAAACAGACAUAGAAGAAUGAUUCAGAGGUGUGGAAAUAAGAGCCUAAAAAUGUUUGAUACUGACAGGAUUAAAGGGAUGCAACUUCUUCUCCUAAAGGAACUCAAAUGCACUCUUACAAAGACAACAAAAUGACUUUGUCCAUUCUACCUUGAGGCAAUGGAACUUAGGAUGGGCAAGUUGGGAAUUGUAGUGAUUUUAUUUAUACUGGAACAACUAUCAGCCAAUGCUGGAGCGAGCAAUAAAGAGGACCAGAAGGAGGCGAUUUUGAAAGAGCUUGUUGAGAUAUGGAGGAAGGGUGGCGGAUGGAGCCCACACAGAGUACAGCCACCAGGAGAAAGACAGAAAGAUCAACAAAUUCAUUCCAUAGUGAGGAGCAUCAUGGGAGGCCUCAAAUCUCUAGGUGUCCUGCCAAGAAAAAGCAAGAGUCUCCCGUCUUUAAGCAAAGCCUUCAAUAGAAACAGGCUCUCUGGAUUCCUGUAUAACAUCUCCAUGUAUCUGCAAGAGAUGAGCGCAGGAUUAGAUGAUCGGCAGCAACCUUUUGGUGAUGACCAGUUUUGGGAAAACCUGCUCUACUCUCUUCUUCAGACCGGAAGGGAAGUGUCGCUCGGAUUAUGGGAUGGGAAGAGUCCUCCGCGACCCACUUUCAGGCUUCAGGAUCUGUUUCUGUCGCUCCGGGGCAGCCCACAUUGGGAUGGACUUUUGGGGUUGGUGCAAAGCAUUUUAACCCUCACUGAACGCCAGCCUCAAAAACCCAUCUUGACGUUCAUUUCCCAGAACUGGAAGACUAUCAGCACUUUGCUCGAAACUGUUCUUCAAGCUCUGGUCAGUGGGACAUACGGCCAGGCCGUCACAGGUCUACAGGGUUUCAUCUGUGUCCUUAAAGGACGAAAUGAUUGUGGCUUCAACCUGAGCUGGCUUGAGCAGCUCAUCAGUUUUAUGGAGACCAGGAACUGGAAACCUGUGGUCAGUCUGCACCCUGUGAGUGUGGAAAACAGUCAAAGAGAUGCCGCACUCUCUUCGGGACGUUUUAAACCCUUCCUCGUGCCACCUGAGGUGCUUCGUGAGGAGCAGCUCUUGUUGAACCAGUCGGGCACUGAUUCGGAGAGCCUUGCUUCUAUGCAGGCUCUGCUUCUUCAGGCUUUGUCGAGGUCAAGCGCAGGAGAAAGGCCAGUACAGUUCGCAGAGCGUAAUCCUGCCCUCCUGCAGGGCUUGGAUAACCUCAGACAUGGAUUUCUGCACAAUGUUGGCCGCAGUGUGUAUGGUAAUCUGAGGAGGAAAGUGUCACAUAUGACCAAGGCACUGCUGGAUGAUAUCAGCAGCAUGGUGGGCGAGCCACAGUACAGUCACCAUGGAAGAUGUUCUGUAGGUGACCUCAGGCAGUUAAUAUUGUGGGGAAUUAGACAUAACUUGACAUGGAACGCUCAAGCGAUGGGUUUCAGGUCAGAUGGUUUACCCAGCAGGCCGUCUUUGAUGACCUGCCCCUCUACAGAGGAGGAAACAAGGACUUUGAAACCUCAGCACUCAUCUAGAAGACCUAAACUUCACCAGUCCCAGCCAAAAGUCCAUGAGCAGAGUGAUUCAGACCCCUCACCCUCGGCAGAGAUUCUGGAAGCUGCCUGUAAUGCCUCUAUCCCUGGUCUCACUGGUGUCUCGAAUUUUACUGUCUUUCUCUACUGUAAUCUUUUUGAUGGAGAGAAUGGCUCACAUGACCCUGAAGUCAACCACUUUGGGGUAGACCUGCACGCAGCCUGCUCUGACGCUGCUUGGUAUCUCUCAGCAGCAGAGGAAGAUUUUCUUUGGGUUCACGUUUGCAGCGAAUUCUUCGCUCACGAGUUUAACAAAACAGUGUGUGCCAACUCUACAUUCUGGCUUCAACAUGCACAUCAGGCAGAAGCUACAAGGGAUUACCAGUACCUCAACCAAUCAAGUAUUGAUGAGCUCUGUCUUCAACUCUCCAACGGUGUUUCUGGGGGAUCUCCUCCAGACGCCACUGAGGACUGCUUAACACUUCUAAGUAGCAAAACUCUAACCGCCCAGGAUUUUAGAAGGUGUUUUCUGCCCAAUAACACAGCCCUUAUUGCCUCUUUAUGUGGAAAUAAUUCGUCUCAAAUGCCUGAAGAUGGGAGCUGGGCAGCCGAGUACUGCUCCAAAGUCACCCCUAAUCACUCUCAUGGGGCCCCCAAAGACAACUGUGAUUACUCGAACUGGAAGGCAGAACAUUUUAUAAACACCACCGCCCUUGAGAUUUGCAGCAGUAAAGCAGGUUUGAAGGACUAUAUUUGCAAAAACGCCACACUGUACCUCACAUUGGUUCGAAAGCAACCUUUGCUCUUAGACUACUGUUUGAACUCUGAAGAGAAGCAGGGCACCAAGUGCAUCCUCCAGAAACUGUUUGACAUGCUGCCAGCACCGUAUGACUUUGAGACGUCUCAACUUUGUGUGAACCCGUUGCCCAUUCUACAAGAGGCUAUUCAUAAGCUCACUCUAUGUGAAGGAGUAGUAGAUGAACGCACGGGAUGGUUAGCUACAGUGAGCUACGUGCUUCGAGUGUUGGACUUUGUGGUGGGGCUCUCGGCAGGUUUGGAGGAGGGACAACGAGAGGUGCGUCAGAGCCUGGGUCAGGCCAUUCUUCUGUCCAGCCUCCAGGACAAUGCUUCCUUCUGGGCCACUCUACAGCCCGAAGCAUCAAUAAGUGUACUUCACACUGUGGGCGUUUUCCUGAAGAGAGAGCAGAACACCACCUUAAAAGAAGAUCUUUUAAGCUGUUUCAGUCAGCCUGUCCUGUGGGAUCUCAUUCAGAAGGAGGGCAACUCUUCUGCUUUAAGAUUUUUAAUGCAGGAGUACCUACAGAUGCCUAGAGAGAGUAUUCGCAGUGUAGUUAUGUCGGCGGAAAAAGAUGCUGUGAAAAGAUUCCUUUCCCAUGUUCAUCAGAGUUGGGAUCAACUUCAAGUAGAAACUAUACAGGUCUCUCCAAAAGAACAAGAGGCCAUGGAAACCAUGACAGCUGCUUUCAUUCACAAGUUUCCACGUGUCACACCAGAGCUUUUCAUCGACCUCUCCCAGUUUAUACCAUACAUGUCUGUCUCAGACAUUAUGACCUUCCCUGCCUCCCUCAUGGUCAAUGAAAGUGUACUGCUGGCCAUUAGUGAUCACAGCUCUGAGAUGAAGUCUCCACAAAAACAAGCCUUCAUAAAACGCCUGUUGCAGUCCAGCGUAGCUGGAGAUGUGCCUUCGUGGCCUCCACACUUCCUCAGCGCCAUUCUGCCUCUACUUCCACAUCUCCCAGUCAGUCAGUUUCAGCAGCUCACAUCUCAACAACUCACGCCCUUAAUGGAGAUGCUGGGGAACAGCAGUCUGGAUGCCACAAGGGGGCGCCAUGUACUUCGUACUGUGCUCGGCCGAGGGAAGAACCUGACAAGUGACAACAUAAUGAAGUUAGGAGUUCUCAUAUGUUACCUGAACUCUGAGGACUUACAACAGUUAUUGUCUUCAUCGAAUCUCUCACCUGUCCUGUGGCAGAAGCUGGCACAAUGUGUAUCAGAGGGACACAUCAGUGCAAGUGGCAGACUUUCACAUUGGCUUGGGACGGCCCUUAAAUCUUUAAAUGCCAGUAUCUUGUCAACUUCGGCAAUGGCCUUGUUACAUGGUAUUGUGCCACAAAUGGGUGCUUCAUUUUUGGAGCCGUUGUCCUCAAACGAGUUGUUGGAUCUGGUAACUCUGCCGGGUAUGCCAACUUUCCCACCUGCUCAGGCAUUCCAGAUACUGAACAAAAUAGCAGAAGAAACACAUUUCAGUGCCAACACGCUCUGCAGACUGAAGCCAUUGUUUCCGGGUCUGGGGCCUACUUUCUUGAGAAAGUUGGUUGUACUUGAAUCUACACCUGAUUGUCGCUGUUGGAGUUUAAUGCUGGCUCACCUGCAACCUGCUCAUCGAGCGAUGGUUCAUUUAGCACUCCAACAGGCUCUGGAAGGCACGUCUGCAAAUAUAACACAGCAGUUGGAAUGUCUUCUUCCAUUCAUCUCCUUGAGGAAAUUAAUGUCAGAUCUAGAUGGAGAGACGGUCCUUCGGCACAUAUCUGUGUAUAAGCAUAUGCCAUGGUCUCACCAACAGGCUCAAAUGCUGUUCAAAAUGAUUCAGCGGACCGUAAACAUCACAAGAGAGUCAAUACUAGAUUUAGGUCGCAUUGCUGGUGGCAUGAGCUGUGAAUGGCUGAAGCUUUGGGUUAAUGAGUCAGGCUUUUCUGAAUUGUUGCAAUUCAUCACUAAGUUGCCAGGAGGACUUAGACCUGGUUUGAGGAAAUGCGUUGUGGUGGAGCUACGGAAAUGGCCUGAUAUUGAUCUAAAUGACUUGGACCCCUCAUUUGCUGCAAGAUUACCGCUGACCAUGUUGGAGCACCUGUCUAACUCCUCACUCAUUAGUGUACUGGACUAUGUUCGACAACACUUUAUAGACUUUCUCCAGCUUCCACGACACAAGCAAACGGCCCUUGCAGAGAAAGCAAUCGAUGUACUCGGCAUCUCUGAAAAUGGCCUCACCGGGGCCUCCAUGGAUAUGCUCGGUCCUUUUCUGCCCUUCCAGGACAGGGAUGUGUUAGCUCACAUAGACAGAGAAGCUCUGAAACUGCGACUAGAGGAACUGAAACAAUAUUGCCUGCUCUCUGACACCUUCAGACAAAUAGCAGCUUUGCUCACAGAGAGAAGCAUGCUGGGAGAUCCGAAAACAUGGACGGCUGGGGAUGUUGAGCAUGUGGGUAGACUUCUUUUCACCCUUUCGCCUCAACAGAUAAGAUCCCUACCACUGGGUGAUUUAGGUAAAGACACAGUUGAGCAGGUCCUGAUGAGCCAGUGGCUCUGGAAGAGCAGCGAAUUGGGAAAGGCUUGUUUGGAUCUGAAAGGACUACGAGAAAAGAUGAACGAUCUCACCCACAGGAUUGUUAAAGGUCGAUGGUGGAUGAGAAGGGGGCCCAUUCCAAGCUGUGCAGACAUUAAAGGGACAUUUCCAUCGGCCUGGAGGUCCUAUCAGCUGAAUCUAAUGAAGAAGAAGGAGCUGAAGAUGUGUGUUGAGUUCAUCGGUCAGGAUGACACACUUGAUGCUGAGCAACGUGAAGCACUUUGGAUGGAGCUCAGACCAGUGUAUAAACCAGUGAAGCAGCUUGAACCAGAACAGGUGUUGGAACUGGGUUGUAUAGUGACAGAGAUGGGAGAAAGAGAGCUACAGGCUGUCAACUUGUCCAAUCUGGCUGUGGUGGCCCAUCUUGGGGGGCUCAGUGGGUGGAACUCAAAGAAAAUGAGAGCAGUUGUCCUUGGAAUAAUGAAGCAACUUAAACAAAAGCCUGAAGAACUUGGUGUGGUGGAGCUUGUUUCAUUUGGACUUCUGCUUUGUGGCUUCAGUUCCUCUGAAAUUUCCCGUCUAGACCCGUUCAACCUGAGUGGGGCUGCUUUGUUUCUGGGGGAGAUGAUACUGCCGUGUUCUGAGCAGCAGACCGAGGCGCUGACGUCACGCCUAUCCAGUCCUCUGGGCUUCGGUCCAGUCAGCAGCUGGGGCUCUGAGGUCUUCACUGAGAUUGGGACUUUGGCAGCUGGGCUGGAGGAUAUGGUAUUGUCUGCACUAAUAAAAGAACAAGUGGAAGGACUUACACCAGCAGCAAUAACCCUGAUACCUCCAAGAAAAUUCGCUGUGGUAUUCAGUGCCACGCAGCUGUAUUGGCUGAGCUCUGAACAAGCGUUUGCCGUGACAGAGGAGCAGUGGGCAGAAUUAGACAAUGAACAAAGACAAGCACUUGGCAUGGCCCAGUAUGAAGGCGAAUUAAUGCUUGAGCACAGAGGCAGGAACCAGGCUCCAUCGUUAUGGUUUGCCGGCAGCUUCAGAAAAUGUUUAUUACUUUUUGUCUGUACAUUGUGGAUACUGUUAUAAAGAUUAUAACCUGAGGCUUUUAUUUGUUCCUCUUUAUUGAAUUCUUAAAUAUAUAAUAAAUGCCAACUCAAAUGCAAAACUAAUACUU